GACGUGAACGAAACGGGCAACCGAGUCAAGUUUAACAAGUUCAAUGCUAGAAAUCUUGUGGCACUCUACAACUCUCAUAUCGACUCUUGUAGAACCUUGCAAUUCCUUCCUUCCUCCGCGUUCGGUUCUUUCUGAGAACUUACUCUAAAUCAUACUAUAAUCUAGACUGUUCUCGUAUUUUUCGGCCCCCUGGUAUUGGAGGAAUGACGGUGGCAUUCACGGAACAGAGUAAGGGGCUCGGUGCACACGACGCACAGGAAUAUCGACCACCGCCGGAUAAUGAUGAAAAUCCUGUUGUAAAGAGCGCAGAAUAUGCUAUCGAAGCAACAGAUGUUGUCGGGAUCAAUGAGCCAGGAGUGAAAGCGGCAGCAAAAUAUAUCGAUAGCAAACUCCAUGAGGAGUCCUACAAUCCAAGGUCAUGGCGGACACAUCCACUUCAUGUCUGCCCUCCAGAACCGUACUCUCCUUACGACUCAAGGACUGGAGAUUUCAUGAACUGGAUGUUUCUCAUCUCAUCCCUGAACUUCAGUUUCUGGUCAGAAAGAGAAGGCCGGCCUGACCGUUUUGGAAUCGAAUGGAGAGAAGGUUGGCAAUCGGACAAACGAAAAGUGCAUACAGGCUAUUGGUCUCUAGUGGCAGCCAUAGAUAGAGCUCUAGAGGAAGGUAUUCCAUUUUCCGAUCCAACGUUCUUCGCAUCAGAAGAGCGAUGUCCAGACUCGCUCGUCGAACAUAUUUUCCGACCUUCACGACAAUCUAAUGAAAAAAUAUCCUUGCUGAAGGAGCGAAUCGCAAUCCUUCGCCAAGUAGGUUCAAUACUUACAACAAAAUUUGCUGGAUCGUUCCAACAUUUCUUUGAAGACUUUCAAUCUCGUCACGAUGGUCAAGGAACGGCUCUGCAACUCGUGAAAACAGUUGUGACUACCUUCCCUUCUUUCCGCGACGAGACUAACUACGAAGGUCGAAGAGUGUUCAUUUGGAAACGCGCACAAAUACUAGUGGCAGAGCUUUGGGCUGCGUUCUACCCACCGUCUCCAUCAAUGCCUCAUCCUCUCUUUCCCGCUGGCGCAGCCAUUCAUCAGCUAACAAUGUUCGCAGACUACCGUGUUCCCCAGAUUCUCCAUCAUCUUUGCAUCCUCACGUAUCCACCGUCGCUCAUCAAAGCUCUUCGCAGUCAUGCAUCUUUCGAGACAGGCUGCAGGGAAGAACUCAGUAUUCGAGCAGCAAGUAUUGUAGCCGUCGAGCGUGUCCGUGAGGAAAUGGUCAAACUCGCUGAGGCUCGUUAUGGAGAAGGAAACUUUGACGGGGAAGAUAUUAGCAGUGUGAUGAUUGAUUUUUAUUUGUGGGACUUGGCAAAGAAGCUGGAGAAUGGCGAAGAGAACGUAGAGGGUAUAGACACGGCAGAAGUACUACCCUCGCAUCGAACCAGAAGUAUAUGGUACUGAGUGGUCGUUCACGCAUCAUGUACUGUGCUCAUUCGAUAAAUUGGCAUGAUACCCUG